GUCCCUUGCCCGAGAAGAUUCAAUAUCUGAAAACAGCCAUGGAAUGGAAAAUGCUUCCUGUUCACCUGUUGGUGUUUUUCCUUUUCUUGAUACAAGUUUCUUCUCAAGAUUUACCAAGCUGUGCAGGGAGAUGUGGGGAAGGGUAUUCUAGAGAUGCCGCCUGCAACUGUGAUUAUAACUGUCAAUACUACAUGGAGUGCUGUCCUGAUUACAAGAAAGUCUGCACAGUGGAGCUGUCCUGUAAAGGCCGUUGCUUUGAGUCAUUUGCCAGAGGGAGAGAAUGUGACUGUGACCCUGACUGUAAGAAUUAUGGCAAGUGCUGUCCAGAUUAUGAAGACUUCUGUGAGGAAAUACAUAAUCCAACAACACCACGGCCACCUCCAAAGAUUCAGCGGCCAUCUCCAGAAGCUCCUCAAACCAUCAAAUCAACAACUAAACGUUCCCCAAAACCUCCAAAGAAGAAGACCUCUAAUAAAGUGGUAGAAUCAGAGGAAAUAACAGAAGAACAUUCUGUUUCUGAAAAUCAGGAAUCCUCCUCUUCCUCUUCUUCUUCUUCCUCUUCAACUGUUCGGAAAACCAAGUCUUCCAAAAAUUCAGCUGCUAAUACAACAGCCAAGAAGAAACCUAAAGCUAAAGAUUCAAAAAAGAAGAGAACUCCAAAAGAAAAGCCUACUCCGGCACCUCCAGUUGUAGAUGAUACAGGAAGUGGAGUAGACAAUGGACCCACUGUUGCUCCUGACACUGCUGUUCCUCCUACCUCCAAGCCCAAUAAAGUCACCACAACGCCUAAAACAACCGCAGCACCACCACCAGUAACUCCCAAGGACAGUAAUAAAGUCACAUCUAAAGAGACAGCUACAACAACUGAAAAGGAGACUUCCACAGCUGCGAAAGAGACAUCUGUUGUAACAAAAGAGAUGACAAGUACAGAUAAACAGUCCUCAACCACAGCCAAAGAGACAACAACUUCAGCCAAAGAAACCCUACAGACUACAGAGACAAUGACAGCUGCUAAAGACCCUAAACCCACUCCUGAGGAAACUAAGCCCACACCCAAAGACCCCAAGCCUACACCUGAGAAGCCUAAGCCUACACCCAAAGAUCCCAAGCCUACACCUGAGGAGCCUAAGCCUACACCCAAAGACCCCAAGCCUACACCUGAGGAGCCUAAGCCUACACCCAAAGAUCCCAAGCCUACACCUGAGGAGCCUAAGCCUACACCCAAAGACCCCAAGCCUACACCUGAGGAGCCUAAGCCUACACCCAAAGAUCCCAAGCCUACACCUGAGGAGCCUAAGCCUACACCUGAAGAACCUAAGCCCACACCCAAAGAUCCUAAGCCUACACCUGAGGAGCCUAAACCUACAACUGACAAACCUAAGCCUACCCCCAAAGACCCCAAGACUACACCCGAGGAGCCUAAGCCUACACCCAAAGACCCCAAGCCUACACCUGAGGAGCCUAAGCCUACACCUGAAGAACCUAAGCCCACACCCAAAGAUCCUAAGCCUACACCUGAGGAGCCUAAAACUACAACUGACAAACCUAAGCCUACCCCCAAAGACCCCAAGCCUAUACCUGAGGAGCCUAAGCCUACACCCAAAGACCCCAAGCCUACAACUGAGGAGCCUAAACCUACACCUGAGGAGCCCAAGCCUACACCCAAAGACCCCAAGCCUACAACUGAGGAGCCUAAACCUACACCUGAGGAGCCUAAGCCUACACCCAAAGACCCCAAGCCUACACCUGAGAAGCCUAAGCCUACACCUGAAGAACCUAAGCCCACACCCAAAGAUCCUAAGCCUACACCUGAGGAGCCUAAGCCUACACCCAAAGACCCCAAGCCUACACCUGGGGAGCCUAAGCCUACACCUGAAGAACCUAAGCCAACAUCCAAAGACCCCAAGCCUACACCUGAGGACCCUGAGCCUACACCCAAAGACCCUGCAACUUCCCCCAAAGACACAACUUCUGUUCCUACUACACCUGAAGUGACUACAGUUGCUAAGGAUAAAGUAACAGAAAAUGAUAAACCUACUACUCCAAAAAUUACAACUGCUACACCUAAAGUAAUAAGUACAACCACUAAAGUGACAACAAGGACAGUCAGUUCACCAAAAGUGACAACUAAAGUGACAACUACUACAGCUAAAGCAACAACUACUGCCACCAAAAUGACAACUACUACCGCUAAAGAGACAACUUCAACAGCCAAAGAAACAACUGCUACAUCAAAUGAUAAAACUACCACCCCUAAAGCUACAACUCCUACACCUAAAAAGCCAACUCCUAAGGCAACGCCUGCCCCUAAAGUGACAUCUACCACAACAAAAGAGACAACUACAACCAAAGAAACAACUGCUGUACCAGAUGAGACUACUACUCCUAAAAUGACACCUCCUACACCUAAAAAGCCAACUCCUAAAGCAACAACUACUUCCACCAAAGUGACAACUACUACUACUAAAGAGACAACUACAACAGCCAAAGAAACAACUGCUACAUCAAAUGAUAAAACUACCACCCCUAAAGCAACAACUCCCACACCUAAAAAGCCAACUCCUAAGGCAACGCCUGCCCCUAAAGUAACAUCUACCACCACAAAAGAGACAACAACAACAACCAAAGAAACAACUGCUGUACCAGAUGAGACUACUCCUGCCUUAAAAGAGACUUCUAAGCCUAAAGUGACAACUCCUAGACCUAUGAAGACAACCACUACAACAAAAGAAACAACUACGAAAGAUAAGGAAACAACUGUUGUAACAAAGGACAGAACUACUCCCAUGGUUCCAACUCCUGUCCCUAAAGUGACAAACAAGAAGACUACACCUGCACCCAAGAAACCAGUAACUACACCUAAAAUCAUAACUACAAGUGAAGAAAUGACCACCUUAGAGACAUCAACAUUAACUGAACUGAACCCUACAGCUAUCCUUCAAACCACUCCUGGGUCCAACAGAAGACCAAAUUCAGAAACAAUAAACUCUUUUGCUAUACCAGAAGUCACCCCAAAGAAUGAGGGUUUAAAUAUUUUUGAGCAGGAGUCUUAUGUGAAUCCUAGACCACCUGUGUUUAUUCCAAUAGGUAUCCCAGGUUCUAGCACCUAUGUGGGAAGACCCAGUCAAGGCAUUAGUAAUGUUCCAAUGAUUUCAGAUGAGACUAACCUAUGCAAUGGGAAGCCAAUAGAUGGACUGACAACUUUGCGCAAUGGGACAUUGGUCGCAUUUCGGGGUCAUUACUUCUGGAUGUUGAAUCCAUUCACUCCACCAUCACCACCUCAGAGAAUUACUGCGGUUUGGGGUAUCCCUUCACCCAUUGACACCGUCUUUACUAGAUGUAACUGUGAUGGAAAGACUUUCUUUUUUAAGGAUUCUCAGUACUGGAGGUUCACCAAUGAUGUAAGAGAUCCAGGUUAUCCUAAACCUAUCGUUAAGGGAUUUGGAGGUCUAAAUGGGAAAAUAGUGGCAGCUUUGUCUGUAGCUAAAUACAAAAACAGGCCUGAAUCGGUUUAUUUUUUCAAGAGAGGUGGUACCGUUCAGCAGUAUACCUACCAGCAGGAACCAACUAAAAAGUGUUCUGCAAGAAGACCCACCAUGAACUAUUCAGUUUAUGGAGAACCUGUCCAAGUCAGGAGGCGUCGCUAUGAACGGGCUAUCAUUCCCUCCCAAACACAUACCAUCAGGAUAAACUAUUUACCUGUCAGAGUCACUUAUCAAAAAGGUUUCCUUCAUAAUGAAUUUAAAGUGAAUUCAGUUUGGAGAGGUCUUCCAAGCAUGAUUACCUCAGCUAUUGCACUGCCUAAUAUUAGAAAACCUGAUGGCUACGAUUAUUAUGCCUUUUCCAAAGAUCGCUACUACAACAUUGAUGUGCCUACCAGAACAGCAAACUUGAUCACCACCCGAUCUGGACAAACAUUAUCCAAUGUCUGGUAUAAAUGUCCUUAAAUCUGAUUUCAAAAGAUGAUAUGAAAAACUUAAAAUAAUAUUUUGACAUGGAAAUAAUUUUAUUAAUAAAGGUGUUGAAAUGUAUGCAUACCAAUUUAAGUACAAAGCACUUUUAAUCUCAGCAAUCAUUACACUAAAACAGUAGCAGAUUUGACAAUCUUAUUCACAACUACAACAAUAGUAUACAAAGCUUUAAUUAAUGUUUCCUCUGUUUAGUCCUCCUCUGCCUCCCAUUGCAUGGGUUACACCUGUAGGAGGGAAAAAAAGAAGGAAAUAUAAACAUUCCCCUUAAAAAAGUUUAUCAAGAAGGGCAUGAAGUUUUCUACUUUACUGUUAUUUUGGGCUAGAAUCUAACUAUUUUCAGAUUUUAUUACUAUCACAUCUCUAAAAAUAAGUUUCACACUUUCAUGACACUAAGAUUCAAUAUGUGAUAUCUCUGUGGGAAAGUAGGAAACAAAGGAACUAUUAAAAUAGAGUCCUUUGUCUUUUAUUAGUGGAAUCACACAAAACAUGCUUUUUCUUAUAUAUAAAGGAAACAAAGGAAGUGAUGGUUAAAGAUCAAACCCAACAUUCUGAUUUUUCAAAUUUCAUUUUAAAUGAGGAAAGAGCAUGAUUGAAUGUGUCAUUAAAUGUAACACAAUGCAAUAAAUCUCUUCCCCCAAAUUACUCCCAGAAGUAUACAUAUUUGGUAGAUGAUGUCAAUUUGCUCAGGUUUAGGGAAAUGGCUCUGAUUCAUCUGAACUAAUUCCCUUCUUCAACUCCAAACAUGUUCUCAGUAUUAGAGACUCUUACCUCUCUGUCGGUUAAACUGACGACCCCGGACCCCUGUUCUCAAAGUCUGAGGCUGAAGCCUAACUCGUCUGAAAGGCUUAGGUUGAUUACUGCUGGUAUCUGAGAAGAGAAGAUAGCUUAGCUGAAGCAAAAAGCUAACUGAAUGAGUGGAUAUAAUUUCAAACAGAUGUCCUUUUAAUUUAAUGUUUUUAAAAACUAUUUAACUCUGUAAUAUGUUGAAUCUUAAAAAAUAGAAAUAAAAAGCUCAGAAUGAACAAA